AGGAGGCGCUGCCCGCGGCUUUGGGGGUACUGUGGCCACGUCUACGUGAGUCUGUAGCUUCUUGUUCGAGCCUGAGGCUGAGGAGCGAGCUCUGUUGUAGUUCUCCGCGGUGUUCUAAAUAGCGAGCACGAAGCUUCAUUUUCUGCACUGUCCUAUGUAGUUCAUUCUCUACUUUCUCAGUGUGCCUUGAAAGAGCUCUAGAGGGAGAGUCAAGAAAGCAGCUUCCCAACACUGCACUUUCCCAGCCUUUCCUGCAGAUGGUAAUUUUUGGCAACCUAUUUCCCACAGCCCUAACAGAGGUAAAGCAGCCUUAAUCAAUAGGAUUAAUUUGAGGAUUAAAUAAAUAUAAAUCUCCAAGCACAUUUAAUGCAACCAUUGUUUAUGUGGACUCAGGUGCAAAUGGCUUUGCUAUCUGAUUGUGAGUGAAAACCCAGAGGGAGACAAUUCUCAUCUGAGCUUUUGACAAUGCAGCCACUGGAGUUAGUGAACUUGAAAGACGUAGUUAUAGAUUUCACACAGGAAGAGUGGGACCUACUGGACACGUCCAAGAGAAAGCUGUUCAGAGAUGUGAUGCUGGAGAAUAUCAGUCAUCUGCUCUCUGUGGGACAUCAGGUCUGCAAAUCAGAUGUAUCUUCCAAAUUUGAUCAAGGAGAGGAACUGUGGACAAAAGAAACUGGACAUUUUCAAAGCCAGAAUUCAGACCGGGAAAGUUGUCUCAAAAACCAUGAAAUGCUAUCAAUGCAGCAUCACUGCAGGAAAGACAUAUCUACCAUCAUAUCAUUGCAGAACUUUCAUACUGAAAAGAAUGGCAUUGUAUGUAGUGAAUUGCCGGAAGAUUUUCCUCACAGUUCCAGAGCUACUCAACAUGUGGUAACAGACAAUGGAAAGAAACCGUGUUUCAGCAAUCUAUUUGGAAGAGCCUUUGGUGACCAGCCAUCUUUUAAUCAACAAAAGCAUUUUCACAGUAGACGUAAAUCAUAUGAAUGUCACCUAAUUGGUAAGUCCUUUAUUCAAAGUUCUGGCCUUACAAAUUACAAUGGAACUCACAUUGGAGAGAAACUUUAUGAAUGCAAUCUAUGUGGGAAAGGCUUCAUUCGAUGUUCUGCCCUUAAAGAACAUGAGAGAACCCACACUGGAGAGAAACCUUAUCAGUGUCAUCUGUGUGGGAAAGCCUUUGCCCAUCAUUCUACUCUUAGAAGACAUGAGAGGACUCACACUGGAGAGAAACCCUAUGAAUGUCUUCUAUGUGGAAAAGCCUUCACUCAGUGUGUUCACCUGAGACGACAUGAGAGAAUUCACACUGGAAAGAAACCUGAUGAAUGUCAUCUAUGUGGGAAAGCCUUCACUACAUGUUCUGACUUGAGUGAACAUGAGAGAACUCAUACUGGAGAGAAACGUUAUCAGUGUCAUCUAUGUGGGAAAGUCUUUACCCGUUAUGUUAACUUUAGAAGUCAUGAGAGGACUCACACUGGAGAGAAACCCUAUGUAUGUCUACAAUGUGGGAAAGCCUUUACUCAAUGUGUUCACCUGAGACGACAUGAGAGAACUCACACUGGAGAGAAACCUUAUCAAUGUCAUCUAUGUGGGAAAACCUUCACUACAUUUUCUGACCUCAGUCAACAUGAGAGAUCUCACACUGGAGAGAAACCUUAUCAGUGUCAUCUAUGUGGGAAAGCCUUUGCUCAUUAUUCUUCUCUUAAAAGACAUGAGAGGACUCACACUGGAGAGAAACCCUAUGAAUGUCUUCUAUGUGGGAAAGCCUUCACUCAAUGUGUUCACCUGCGACAACAUGAGAGAACUCACAGUGGAGAGAAACCUUAUAAAUGUAAUCUCUGUGGGAAUGCUUUCAAUAGAAUUUCUAAUCUCAGAGUACAUGAGAGAAUUCACAAUGUUUAGAAGUCUUAUGAAUGUCAUUUAUGUGGGAAAGCCUUCACCCAUUGUACUGGCUUUACAAAACAUGAGAAAACUCACAGGGGCGAGAUACCAUGAGAAUAUCUUCUAUUUGUGGAAAUAGUUUACUUUUUAACCUUAGACUAUAUGAGAGAACUCAAACUGGAGUGAAACCCUAUGAAUACCAUAAAUGUGAAAGGCUUUAAUUUUCAAAUAUUACGUUACAUGAGAGAAUUCAUGUACUAUAAAUCUGAAUAUGCAAGAGA